GCUUCACCCUCCACUUCUCUCUCAACUCACGAUUCCUUCUCGCCUAAUUUCUCGGUUGCGUAUCAAAAUUCUCAUCACCCCAUAGCUAAAAGAAGAAUCAGGCUAGUCUUUUGGAUACCUUUAACUCUCGAAUUCUCGGAAAAUUCGACUUUUUUCAUAGAAAGUUUCCGAGAUCUCGGCGGGGUUACUUUUUGACGACGAACCGCCAUGGUUUGGUACUCGAGCUGUAGAAUUAUGUUUAUGGGUCUGAUUCUUAUGCUGGUUUCGAGCUGGGUAUUGGAUAGAUGCGAAGGAUUAGGCGAAUUCGGGUUUGAAUUUCACCACCGUUUCUCCGAUCAAGUCGUUGGGGUUUUGCCCGGAGAUGGGUUGCCUAAUCGGGACUCUUCCAAGUAUUACAGAGUUAUGGCUCAUCGAGAUCGUUUGAUCAGAGGCCGUAGACUCGCAUCGGAAGAUCAAUCGCUCGUCACUUUCGCUGACGGCAAUGAAACUAUUCGUGUGAACGCCCUAGGAUUUUUGCAUUACGCGAAUGUGACGGUAGGGACUCCGUCUGAUUGGUUUCUGGUGGCUCUAGACACUGGAAGUGACUUGUUUUGGUUGCCCUGUGACUGCAGUACCAACUGUGUUCGUGAGUUGAAAGCACCUGGAGGCUCGAGUUUGGACCUCAAUAUUUAUAGCCCUAAUGCAUCAUCGACAAGUUCUAAAGUUCCUUGUAAUAGCACGUUAUGUACAAGAGUUGAUCGAUGCGCUUCACCUCUUAGUGAUUGCCCAUACCAGAUCCGGUAUCUUUCUAAUGGUACAUCCUCUACUGGAGUCUUGGUUGAGGAUGUGCUUCACUUAGUUUCAAUGGAGAAAAACUCCAAACCUAUUCGCGCUCGGAUUACCUUGGGAUGUGGUCUAGUUCAGACCGGUGUAUUCCAUGAUGGUGCAGCUCCAAAUGGUCUUUUCGGGCUUGGCUUGGAAGAUAUAUCGGUUCCGAGCGUAUUAGCUAAGGAAGGAAUUGCAGCAAACUCAUUCUCAAUGUGUUUUGGAGACGAUGGAGCUGGUAGAAUCAGUUUUGGAGAUAAAGGCAGCGUAGACCAACGAGAAACGCCAUUGAACAUAAGACAACCACAUCCUACUUACAAUGUCACCGUCACUCAAAUAAGUGUUGGAGGAAAUACAGGAGAUCUUGAAUUUGAUGCUGUUUUCGACACUGGAACCUCGUUCACUUAUCUGACUGAUGCACCUUACACCCUUAUUUCAGAAAGUUUUAAUUCUCUAGCUCUAGACAAACGUUAUCAAACUGAUUCCGAGUUGCCUUUCGAGUACUGUUAUGCAGUGAGCCCAAACAAAAAAAGCUUUGAGUAUCCAGAUGUGAAUCUGACAAUGAAAGGCGGGAGCUCAUAUCCUGUUUAUCACCCGUUAAUAGUAGUCCCCAUAGAGGACACAGUUGUCUACUGUUUAGCCAUCAUGAAGAGCGAAGACAUUAGCAUCAUUGGACAAAACUUCAUGACUGGCUAUCGCGUUGUCUUUGAUCGUGAGAAACUGAUUCUGGGCUGGAAAGAAUCCGAUUGUUCCACUGGUGAGACCUCAGCUCGGACGCAGCCAUCGAACCGUUCCUCUUCCUCGGCUAGACCACCAGCUUCUUCAUUUGACCCAGAGGCCACAAACAUUCCAUCUCAAAGACCAAGCUCAUCUUCUUCUUCGUCCUAUUCAUAUUCUCUCUCUCUCUCACUUCCAUUCUUAUACUUCUUCUCAAUUUUGGCCAUCCUUUGAUUGUUUGUUACAUUUAUAUAACAUUUAGCCAUCUUCUAUACGCAAAAUUUUUAUAUUCUUUAGAAGACUAUUGGGUUAAAGUCCAAAAAAAUUCUGCACUACAGUUGUAUUAUAUUUUUUAGAUGUUGUAUAUGAAGAUUGAUUUUUAUAUAACCUGUUCGUUUUCGGAUGCA